AAUAAAUUAUUUUUAUUAAAAGGGAUUGAUAGGAGGGUUGUGGGGAUGAUUGUACUUAUAAUCGGUAGGAUAUUUUGCCGAUAAUAUAUACAUAUUCGUCAGAAAUUAGCUGUCGAUUAUAUAUAAUCGAUAGUUUUUUUCUGUCGGUUGUUUUUUAUUAUAUUCGACAGAAAUGUUGACGAUUAAAGAAAGAAACGAUGUCAUUUUUAGUAUAACCGUCAACUUCGGCUACCGAUUAUGCUUAGGUCAUACCCCUCGCCUUCCCCGCUUUCCCCCAUUUUCUGAUGUUUUUCCUGUCGAUCUGCUUUCUUCUCUGGCGAGGUUAGCUUUUGCCGUUUGUGCUGCCUUGGGUACCUGACCCACGUGUGUCCUGGUUUUGAAAUCCCCACGCCAUUAAUGGUAAUUUUGCAGCUUUCUUGGUAGAUUCUCUUAUGUUUCUCUGUUUGGUUUUCCUCCGAUUUACAGUCUGUAUUCCCUCGCAUUCUUGUAGUUAUGACGGCUCCACAUCACACCAUCGGCCAAAGGAGCUAACUUCCGUUGUCGUCGCCUCUGCCUUGCCUGGAAAUCGGGCACGCAUUACACGGUAAGUUUUCCCACCAAUUUUUUUUAUUUCCUCUUUGAUUUUGCUUGAGAUGAGAAUGUAGAAAUAGACAUAGAAUCAGGAU